AGUGGGAAAUGAAACGAGCAGUGAUCAAGAUGGCUCCUGGAGACACCAGGGACCCUUGGGGAAGGUGCUGGGAAAGCUGCCAGAGCUCGCCCUGCCCAGACUUAAUAGAAGCGCUCCCAGGAUGCUGGCACAGCACCGGCAGACGGGGCUGAACGUGUGUCUCUAACGCGGACCCGGCACCACGUACUGCUGGGUCUCCUUGCCGCGGCAAAGCCAGCGGGGGCUCACACGGCGGACACGGGUGUCUCACGGUGCCCCCCCACCAGGGGGCGGCUGGGCUGACCGAGCGGCUGCCUCGCCGCGGCCCUUGCCAAGCGCCCAACCCGCUGCCGAAAACGAAACUCCGUGGGGUUGGGGAACCUGAAACUCGCUGCCACCCCCUGCUCCCCAGCUGCUUCCUGCUCGGCGGCCAAACCCUUUGCCAGGGCGCCGAGGUGGGCUGCCGGGGCCGUGCCCAAGGACGCUCUGUGUACGGCAGCGCAGCCAGGCGGCAGCGUGACGCAGGGCUGCAGUGGAGUCUGCUCAGGCACCUAGAACACCUCCUCUCACCUCCUUCACUAACCUUGGUGUCUGUAGAGUUGAUUUCCCUCUCAGUCUUCUGCUGCAGUUCUGUUGUGCAGCACGAGACCAUCUGAUACACAGCCAUGGGGAGACCCAGGAAGGAGGCCAGUGGCACAUCAUCCCCUCGGCCAGCCACAGCCGCCUCUAAAGCCACCCCUGCUGCACCACCGCCCUCUGCCUCGGCCGCCCGGGCCAAGGCUGCAGCUGCAGGCAGCCAAUCCAGGAGCACUCCAGCUGCUGGGGUCCCCAGCCAGGGAAGGGGUGCUAAAUCAGCUUCCUCUCAGCCUAGACCUAUCACUCCAGCCGCUGAGGUCACCAGCUCCAGCCGGGGGAGGAGUGCAAAGCCAGAGUCCUCUCAGCCUAGACUUGUAGCAUCCCGCGGAGCCCGAGGAGGUGCUAGAGACCAGCACAAAGUAUCUGCUGGCAGUUGCUCGGCGACCCCUAAGAAGUUACCUGAUGCCAGAGGAGAUGCCAGUUCGACCAAACUUGGUGCACGUCUGCAGAAGCAGCAGCCUGAAGCUGACUGGAGUGGGUCCUGUGACCGGUUCCUGGUUCCCCUGGAAAGCCAGGACAUCCUAGAGGUGGAGAAGGAGACCCGGGGCCAGCGGAGCAACCCCAAGUGGUAUGAGUGGCGAGAGAACCGCAUCACUGCCUCUGUGGCCCCCAGGAUCGCCAGCAGCAAGUUUGCCAAUGGCAAGACAGAUGAGGUGCCCAAGUCCUACCUGAAAGCAGUGGUGAGCCCCAGCCCGGGGGUGCAGACACCAGCCAUGUCCUGGGGACUCCGCAAUGAGAAGGUGGCUGUGCAGGCCUACGAGCAGCUGAAAUCACAGGCAGUGGGCAAGCCAGUACAGGUGGAGGACUGUGGCCUCUUCAUUCACCAGGAGAAGAAGUGGAUUGCUGCCAGCCCAGAUGGCAUUGUCAAGGAGGCAGCCACAGGGAAGGUCCUGGGGCUGCUGGAGGUGAAGUGUCCCUACAAGCACAGGAACAAGACUGUGCGUGAGGCCUGCAAGGACAAAGACUUUUGCCUUAAGGUAGAUGGGGACUCCUAUUCCCUGAAGAGGGAUCAUGCCUACUUCACCCAGGUCCAGUGCCAGCUAGCAUCUGCUGGCUUCCAACAGGCUGACUUCGUGGUACACACCACCAAGGAGACAGCUGUGGUCCCCGUAGAGUUUAAUGCUGAGUUCUGGGGAAAGACAGUGCCCAAACUAGAGAAGUUUUACACACAGGCAGUGAUUCCCCACCUGGAGGAGAAGGCAGGUGGCUCUGUCUGGGGCAAGGAGGAGUAGAGACCCCCAUACAUCUCGCUUGGCUGCAGAAAUUCAGUUUUGGCCCCUAGCAUAGAAGUGAGCCCAGUUUUGCUGCUGUUCUUGGACCAUUUGUUGCCUCUGCCCCAGUACAACUGCCCCAAGACUGAAAUGCACCAGCAGGACCCUGGUUUGGUAAGGGUCCCCACAGUGAUUUCUUCUCACUCCAGCCAGGUCAGUGCUUGGCCCCCAGUGCCUUUUUGUUCUGCCCCUCUUGUAUCCCCCAGUUUGAUCCAGUGGCAUUGCCUGAUGGAAGGUGGCACACCUCAGGAUGUGCAGCAGAAGCCACUAGUACCUCUGUGCUGGAGUAACAGACUUUUGUGGAGAAAACUGGAUCCUUUGGCACCUCAACUGCUGUCAAAACUAAAUUGUCACUCUGUUCUGGAGGAGAGAGCGAGCCAGGGAAGGUUUGUAAGCACCUAAGAGUUUCUGAAGUGCCCUAAAGAGUCACAGCACAGGCGUGCGGACACCCUCCCAGCCAUCUAUCCACUGCUUUGGAAUGACCUGUGAUCCUCACAGUGAGCUGGCUGCAGCCUCAGGAAGAUGGAGCCCAUCAAAGAGGUUGUCCUCCAGCCCAUGCGUCAUCAGAGGCCUUCCUGUGGAGCAUCCCCGUGUGCCACAGCAGGGUGGGGUGAUGGUUAUAGCUCUAUUAAACUGAGAUGCAUUCACCUGCUUGUUCA